AUGGCUGGAAAGGCCAAGAAGAAGGCGGCAAAGGCCAGCAAGAUGUCCUCCCAAGAUGCCCCUGCCUCUCCCGUCGACAAGAAUGAGCCCCAUGUUGCCAUUGAUCCCAAUAUCGACAAUCCACAGAGCAAGGCUUCGCCUGAAGCCACCGACACGACCACUCGCGGUACAACACGACAGAGUCGUGUCGCCCUUCGACUCGCGGGUCCAGUCACGCCCAUAAAGGGCAUGAUGCAAAUUCCGGCUUUGACACCCACUCUACGCCAAGCCAUGUCCGCUAAAGACGUGGCCGAGCAUGAGGCAAUACAGAAGACACCCCUCUGUUCCCAGACGCCUGACGAGAAGGCCGAAGACGAUGGAAGCGUUGCGAAGAUUAUCCGCGCUUUUCGAAAUAUGAAGGAGGAUGAGCGAGUUCUCGCUGGCAGGUAUGCGGACAUGACAAACAAGAUCGUCUCUCUCAAAGAAAAAUGGAAGGAGGGCGGCAUUAACCUGCCUACGGCCCGGUACAAGACUGAGAUGGCGCCUUACCUCGCCAAACAAAAGGCCAUGGCCAUUUCACUGUCGGUCCUGCGAUCCAAAAGCACCGCGCUGGUGAGCGGCUGGGCCACCGACAUCGUGUCGGAGAGAAUUAAGCGGGACGUGGACGAAGACUGGGUGAUGAUUGACGCUGUCUUGCGUUGCUACCCGGAGCUUGAGGGUGCCCGCAAAACUGUCUGCGCCUUCCGCGCCGAAAUGCAGAGGAACCAGUUUCGUAAGAAACUGUUUGGCUCUUAUGGCGGCGACGCACUCUACGACGGCAAGCUCAUAUACUGCCCUAUUGCGCACACCCACAUGCCCGACGUCACGGUGGCUCACAUUGUUAAUGCUAGUGUAGGUCCGAAGACGGCCGAAGCAUUAUUUGGUGAGCGCCAGGAUUUUCUCUGGAAUCCGCAGAACGGCCUGCUCGUGUGCAAAGGCUACAAGGAGCUGCUAGAUAGCGCCAAGGCCAUUAUCCUGCCCGCGAGCGAUGACCCUAAGGAGACCGAGUUUGUCCUGCACCUUCUGACAAGGAACCUUGGGGAGCGCAACGCCAUUUUGUGGACAUACGAGGACCUCCACCGCCGACCGCUCAAGUUUCUGAACGGUUUCCGCCCCGCCAGGACGUACCUCUACUUCAAGGCUAUUGUCUCUCUUUUGCGUCGCCAGCGCGUCGAGAUCGACGAAUGCUGGGCUGACCUUGACAACCUCCCGCCCUUAGCCAAGACAUAUUGGGGCAGUCCCGGCAAGUACUUGCGCAACUCCAUCUUGUAUGUCUUUGCCCGCGAGUACGGUAUUCUCACGGCGGCAGACGCCAAGCUUUUCUGGGGAGUUGGCGCGGCCGAUGUCAUUGCCGACCUCAGCAUUGAUGACAAGAAAAUGGCACAAGCGCUCGCGACGCAGGCCACUGCCGCCGUGUUUGCCCGGGAGGACGAGGAGAAAGAUAGUGGCGACGACUAUGACGACGAUGACGACGAUGACGAUGACGACGAUGAUUACAUCGACAGCGGCAGAGACAGUGACAGAGACGUCGGCAAGGGAAAAGGAAAGGCUAAGACCAAGGGCAAAGGCAAGAAGACGGCCGACAACAACGACCCACUCCUUGCCUAA